AACUCCGCUACACCACUGAUCUCUAUUACACACAGAAGAAGUAUUGUUAUCACUUUCCCUACAUUUCUCCUGUACUUACACUUUUAAUCAACUAAGGAGACUCCGUCGGAUAAAUUCAAACAAUGUCUAAUGACAAGAAUCCUCUAAAUCAGCUCAGGGACCUGGUGGAGCUGAAAGAUCAGCUGGAGGACAUCCAGAAACGGGUGGAGGAAGAAAUUCAAGUUGGGAUUCCUCCAGGAGGCAGCCUGCUCGCUUCUCCUUUCUUGAAGGGUUUCCUGGCUGGUUAUGUGGUCGCCAGGCUCCGCUCUUCGGCACUGAUGGGUGUUGCAGUAGGAACAUGCACAGGGAUAUACGCAGCGCAAAACUACGCUGUUCCAAAUAUUGAAAACACAAUCAAGGAGUACAUUCAGAACCUGAAGGCAGGAAGAAAAUGAGAAAAGGGUAGCAAAAUAGAGGAUGAUUACAACAUCAAGAUGGCUCCUGUAAAGCUAUACGCAUGGAAUGGACAUGCACUUGAUCGCUAUUUUGUGAUGGGAUUAUUUUCAACCAUGCUGUAUGCAGGGUGGUCGAUUUUUAUAACAUUCAGGAAAAUUGGGGAUAGAAAUGUAAACAUUUGUAGUAGAAUGAUGAGAUUUAAAACAGAUGCAGAACAGUAUAAAAAUGUGUAAAUUAA